AGGACAGCUCUACACGUUGCUGAUAAUGUGGAGGUAGUUGAUUAUCUCUUGAGCAUUGGUCUCAACAUUGAAGAUCGUGAUGAGUAUGGCUACACACCAUUUCUAGAUGCAUGUAGUUCUGGUCGUUUAGCUGUAGUAGAACGUCUCAUUCAAUUAAAGUGCAACAAAGCAGAAACAAGUAAACUUGGAAAGACAGCUCUACACGUUGCUGAUAAUGUGGAGGUAGUUGAUUAUCUCUUGAGCAUUGGUCUCAACAUUGAAGAUCAUGAUGAGAAUGGCUACACACCAUUUCUAGAGGCAUGUAGUUCUGGUUGUUUAGCUGUAGUAGAACGUCUCAUUCAAUUAAAGUGCAACAAAGCAGCAACAAGUAAUCUUGGAGAGACAGCUCUACACGUUGCUGAUAAUGUGGAGGUAGUUGAUUAUCUCUUGAGCAUUGGUCUCAACAUUGAAGAUCGUGAUGAGAAUGGCUACACACCAUUUCUAGGUGCAUGUAGUUCUGGUUGUUUAGCUGUAGUAGAACGUCUCAUUCAAUUAAAGUGCAACAAAGCAGCAACAAGUAAUGAUGGAGAGACAGCUCUACACGUUGUUCAUAAUGUGGAGGUAGUUGAUUAUCUCUUGAGCAUUGGUCUCAACAUUGAAGAUCGUGAUGAGUAUGGCUACACACCAUUUCUAGAGGCAUGUAGUUCUGGUCGUUUAGCUGUAGUAGAACGUCUCAUUCAAUCAAAGUGCAACAAAGCAGCAACAAGUAAUCUUGGAAAGACAGCUCUACACGUUGCUGAUAAUGUGGAGGUAGUUGAUUAUCUCUUAAGCAUUGGUCUCAACAUUGAAGAUCGUGAUGAGAAUGGCUACACACCAUUUCUAGGUGCAUGUAGUUCUGGUCGUUUAGCUGUAGUAGAACGUCUCAUUCAAUCAAAGUGCAACAAAGCAGCAACAAGUAAUGAUGGAUCAACAGCAUUACAUUUGAUCUGUUCAUAUCUUAGUCUUAAGAAUGACCAUUUAUCUGUUGUGAAGCUAUUGACAUCAUUGAGAGUUGAUGUGUCAGCUAAGAACAAUGAUGGCAAAACUGCAAUGCAAGCAGGAGAAGGAACGUUGCAGUCAGUUUUUGGCAGUCACAAAGAAAUUCUUUCCGCUAUCCUUUCUCAUCUGAAGGAAUUCAUUGAAAGUGCUGUUGCAGUUCAACUUCCCAGUCGGACAAGCUCAACACCAAUAGCAGCUGCUUGUCAUCUCUCAUCACCAGUGACAGGAGGAAUGAUGGCCACUACACCCAUGCUACGAUCUCGAACAGAUGCGGCAAAACAGGUAGAUGAAGAGUUAGUACAACAUCUGAUUCAACAAAUAGAUCAAGUGACACAAGACGGUUUAGCAAAAGAUAGGCAAAUGGAUGAUUUGAGACAACAAAUCACAGAUCUACAGAAGGCACUGAGAGAUGAGCAGUUGCAGAGACAACAGGCAGUUGCUGGAGAAAGAAGGGAGAAAGAACAGGCAGUUGCUAGAGAAAGAAGGGCGAAAGAAGAGCUACGACAACGAUUACAACGAGAGCAAGACGACGUUCAGAAUGAUCUCGAUGAAGCUCGACAACAAAUUGAGCAAAUGAGUGUAGAGAAGGAAAAUGUUCAACAAUUACUAAAUGAAGCACAAAUAGAAACAGCUGACAUUGUAGAGCUGCUUUCAGAUGCCGAUGCUGCAAUUGAACAAUACAAGCGAGAACAAGAAAAUGAAGUUUUAAAGAUUCCUCCACGUGACAUUCAAUUGACUGGCACAGAACUAGGACGUGGAUCAUAUGGAGCUGUUUAUGUUGGAUAUUGGGAUGGCUGUCCUGUUGCUGUCAAAUGUUUGUAUGAUGAUUUGGCUGAUGUUGAACGAUAUGUUCAACUUGUGCAACAAGAAGCAACUGUUGCAUGGAAGAUACAUCAUCCCAACAUUGCUGCUGUUUGUGGUGUCACUCUGGAGAAAGAAGUCAAGAAGGCAUGGGUUAUCAUGGAGUUACUGAGCGGCUCUGUUUCUAGCGUGAUCGAUGCAUGUCAACGAGAUGCUGCACCUCUAACUGUACGAGAAAAAGUUGACAUGUCACAUGAUUCUUUGUGUGGACUGGAUCACAUUCACUCCAUGCAACCCAUGGAGAUUCUGCACGGUGACAUUUGCCCAAGGAACAUCCUGGUAACUGCAAUGAUGAGAGCCAAACUGGGUGAUCUAGGAGCCGCUCGUUUUCAAGAUGCUAAGCUUUCAGCCGGCCUUCUCAGUCCAGAAUACACAGCAACGGAGAGAUUUGAUGCUUCAGCUCUACCAAAAAGCAAGGAGACUGACAUGUACAGUCUGGGAGUGACCCUAUGUGAACUGUUCACUGCUGUUAUUCCAGACCGUAGAAAAAGAAUGGAUCAAGUCUUACUUGUCCGUCAGCUAAACGUCCGUUCCUUAUGUAAGCACUUGAUGAGAGAUAAUCCUGCCACACGACCAACAGCAGCUGAGGCUCGCAGAAUCAUUAGUCGUAUUCGUGAUACAGAUGAAUAUGCAGCAUGUCCUCCUAAACGAAUGGUAAAGGGUGUAAUGGAUGGAGUGGCUGAUGUCACUCUUGUUCAUCCCAAUUGGUGAUGUUGACAUGUCAUCGAACCAUGUGGUUGUUUUAUGUUUUUACUUGAUAUCAUUUCUGUGUUUGUAGAAAAGAUUUCCUUAGCACUAGCAAUGACCUUAGCUCUGGUUUUGCACGUUGUAUUCUCGAAUUGACCAGACAAUGUCGAAGUAGCAUUUUUCAGUAUUGAUAUUGUUAAUUGGAAGGUUUGAUGUAUA